GUGAAACGGCACAGGUACACAUCAGGCACAAGUAGCGAUUGUCGGUGACAGUGAAAAUUUUAUGACGUAGAAUAUAUACGUAUAACGUACAAACAUAUAAAAAGUGUCUUUGAAGAAUAAAAACAUAUACAAUAUUACCGAGGUCAAACGGAUGUGAAAAUAAUUCAUAUACACUUAGAGGUUCCGUUUCAAGCAAAAGUUUCAAACUUUUCAGUCGACCUUUCCUAGAAGGAUCUAAGAUAUAAAAGUUCAUUACGACGAAAAUCCGUAAUUAAGAUGCAUACAGGAAGAGUUAUCAUGGUUUUCCUACAAUUAUUGCUAAGUAACAGUCUACUUUGUCUCGUAGAAGCGCAAACUAAUUAUAAAGAACUGGGCAUAUAUAACAUAACACCUCUAUUUUACGAAAUCCUUUUAAAACCAGAAAUAGAAACAAAUAUCUUUAGAGGUCAUUGCCAAAUCCUUAUUCGUAUUGAAGAGGAAAAGCAGACAAUAGGUUUUCACUCAGCCGUGGCUAAAAUACACAACGCCAUAUUGUGGAAAAUAGAGUCAAUAAAUAAAACAUUAUCUUCAUUAGACCGUACUAGGCCGUAUGAAUACAUAAAUGCAACUUAUAAAGUAAAAGACGUCCGUUUUGAUUCUCACUCGGAAAUUUUUAGCCUAGUUUUUGACAAAACGAUAGAAUAUGGAUAUUAUGUUUUAGAAAUACACUAUUUUGGUUAUUUUACUACCAAUUUGGAAAAGGAUGGCUUUCUUCGAACUUCUAUUUCCGACGAUGGAAAUAAAAGAUGGAUGAUAGCAACACGAACUCACAAAACUGGCCCUCAAGCAAUUUUUCCGUGUUGGAACAAUUCGCGUUUCAAGUCAGUUUUUAAUAUUUCCAUAAGGCAUCCUGCGGACUAUAUGGCUUUAUCAAAUUCAAAAGUUUAUAUGUCGGAGCAAUACGGGAAUGACGUCACGAAUUUUCUGUCGACAUCACUAGUUUGGACGACUUUCAAAUCUACUCCUCCCGUAUCCCCAUAUUGCAUAGCCAUAGUUGUAAUGCCCAAGCACGACGUGUAUAAUCAUGAUCAGGAUGUUACAAUGUGGUCACAUAAAUCUGUACCUCAGAUCCAAUUCAAUGUUGCAAAAGAGUUUACGAUGAAAAUGAUAAAAAAAUUAAAGGAACAAAAUAUACACGACCAAUGCAAAGUUGAGGAAACAAAUUACAUCGCUGUUUCUGGUCUUGAAGAAGAGAAAACCAUUACAACUCAUGCUUUUGUUGUUCAUAGCCUACUAGACACAUUCUUCAUUGACGACCAAUCUUCAGUUGUGAAAAAAUUGAGUGUAGCGCGCUUCAUAGCACAUUACCUAGCAUAUCAAUGGAUUCUUCGUACAACACACACAUUAUAUUGGUCUUCCUCUUGGCUAUCUGGCGCAUCUAAGUUUUUAAGCGUAUAUCUACUCGAUAAGGUACUUCCAGAAUUCGAAGUGACAACUUUGUCAGUCGACACUGUCUAUAAAAACAUUCCUUUAACUCUUGAGUUUGAUAGUAAAAAGAUACUAGUGGAUAUAUUUACUUCGAAAUCAAAUUUCACUACUAUUUGCAAAUCCAGAAAUUACAACGAAAAGAAAUUAUCUCUUAAAUUCUUUAAUCAAAGUGUCUGUACGUCAGUAUGAAGGUCAUUAUAACCAUUAUAGAGCCAUUUGUCGCUAUUAUGGCCAUUUUUAUAAAUUCAGAAUAAGUAACAUAUUAUUAUACAAAAUAAACUUUCCAAGUAGAUAGAAAUAUUUAGUAAUUUUAUUUUGAAGAGAGCUGUAUAAAAACUAGGUUAUUAUCGUUACUGCAAAAAAUCUUGUAACUGCAAAACAAAGAGAAUUGGGAUACACAAGUGGAUUACCUACACACUCCGAAGCAUAAAACAAUAAACACGUUUAGUCAUGCUCAAAUCAUGGAUGACGUAUAUCAUCUUGCAAAGUAAAAGUAUUUUAUAAAAAGAUGAUGUGUUUGAAGCUCAUUAAAUACUUCGCGCAAGAAACAGAUUAUGAAGUAUUAUAGUAUUCUGAUACGAUUAGGAUCUUGAUAGUUAUUUCAAAAUCUGAUUCUAGUUUUACAUAAAUAUGCACAAUUGAAAGUUUUAUUUA